AGGCGGAAGAGCAGGAGGAAGCGGAGGAGGAGGAGGAAGUGCAGGCGGAAGUGCAGGCGGAAGUGCACGCGGAGCUGCAGGCGGAGCUGCGGGCGCUGCAGGAGCGGAUCGAGGCGCUGCAGCAGCCGCUGCGGGAGCGACGGCGCCGCCUGCUGGCCGCCAAGGAGGAGCUGCAGUUCCUGCGGGACCUGCAGGACGAAAUCCUUUGGGUGAAGGAGCGCCGCCCCAUGGCCGCCUCCACCGACCACGGCAAGGACCUUCCGUCCGUGCAGCUCCUCAUUAAGAAGAACCAGACGCUGCAGAAGGAGCUGCAGGGCCACGAGCCGCGGGUGGCGGAGCUGCUGGGGCGGCGCAGGGAGCUGCAGGAGCUGCAGGAGCUGCAGGAGCUGCGGGAGCCGCCGGAGCUGCGGGAGCUGCAGGAGGCCUGGGAGGAGCUGCGGCUGCAGGCUGAGCUGCGGCACCGGCGCCUGCAGGGAGCCCACGCCGCCCAGCUCUUCUACCGCGACGCCGCCGAGGCCGAGGCCUGGAUGGGGGAGCAGGAGCUGCACAUGAUGGCCCAGGAGAAGCCCAAGGUGCCGCAGCCCCACAUCGCAGCCCUGUGCUGCAGCCCCGUAUUGCAGCCCUGCAUCGCAGCCCUGUGCUGCAUCCCUGUGCUUCAUCCCUGCAUCACAUCCCUGUGCUGCAGCCUCGUAUUGCAGCCCUGCAUCACAUCCCUGUGCUGCAGCCUC